CUUCUCCCCUUGCGCUCCUCGCAACCGAACCGAGACUCCAGACGCGCGGCGGUAGAGCAGGCGCACACACACAGAGCGUCUUUCCCUGUGAUUUUCAUCAAACGGGAGGAUCCUAUACGUUUUUUUUUUUUUUUCUUCCACCGGGAGGAGUUGCAAGUUAAAUACCCGUCUCUACAUCCACUCGUCAACUUGUCACGCCAGAGCCAUUAUGUUUACGACACGGGAUAAGAAAGGUGUGAAGAAAACCACUCCCUGAUGAAUCGCUCCUGUAUGCUCCUGCAACUCCAUGGUCACGAUUGGACACAACACUUGCCUUUAUAACUAACUUGGAGACGGUCUGCAGAGAUAGAGGAAGACUCAUGUUGUUGGGCAUACUAAAGCAGAAGGUCCUGUGAGCCAUCAUUUGCAGAGAGUGUCAGAAAGGUCAUUUGACAAAAGAAUGGUUUGUCCUUUCCCUGCCUCCUUUGAAUUACUGAUGAAGUUUUCAUGAUGGCCAAAGAAAUACCAUAGACGCUUUGAAGGAUGAACUUUCCAAACCACUGGUUUGUUCUGGAGGGAAAAGCCACUGAAGAUCAAACAAACUCACCUUCAGUAAAAUCAGCUGGCCUUUUCUCAGUUCAAAGAUUCUGCUUCAGGAGGGAAAACCAGUCAUGACUUUCCAAGGAACUGGAUCGCAGAAGAUAUUUUUUUAGCCCAGACUGUUCCACAGAAUAAUUUUUGGACAGCUUAGAGUUGAAAACGUGCACAGACUUUUUGAAGUGACAUGCCUGGAAGUGAAAUGGGAAGUUUCCCCCUACUUCCCAGACUGAGUGUGCCAAUCUAGUGUAUUUUGUUGUUUCUAUAAAAAAAGAUCUGCUUUUUGGAGUCUUUUUUUUAGUCUUUUUUUCUUGUUCCCCUAGGUCAUACUUUGAUCCAUUAUCAGAAUCUCUACAAGGUCGGGCAGAUCUUCGAAGAGAAGGAGAAUGACGGACUAUGUUAUAAAACAAGCCGUUACUCUGCAGGGGGUAGACAGCCAAUAUGCUCCAUGACCUGCCAUGUUCACAACAUAACUUUAGAUUGAUUUGUGAUCACAUGGAUUAAUGGUCUAGUCCUUUAAGUUUGCCCAGUGAGAUUUGAAUGGCAUAAAACUACAACCAAAAAAACUGUCUUUGUCUUAAUGUAUUUUUUAUAUUACCUAUAGAUCCAGCUUGGAUAACUUUUUUCCUCUCUUUUUUUUUUUAAUGAAAAUGGCUCUCUUUUGGACAACAGGACCUUGGACACUGUUGGCAGCUUUGGGUUUUCUGAGCUGCUGUAACUUUGGUUGGUGUGAGACAUCAAGGACUAGUGGUUCAACCACGGGAGAGAGAAACCAAGAGCAAGGACCCUCGUCACUUGAACGAGUUAAGAGGGGAUGGGUGUGGAACCAGUUCUUUGUGGUGGAGGAGUACACGGGCACGGAGCCACUUUAUGUAGGAAAGAUUCACACAGACUCAGAUGAAGGCGAGGGCAACAUCAAGUACACCAUCUCUGGGGAAGGGGCGGGCUCCAUCUUUAUCAUCGAUGAGCUCACAGGAGACAUCCAUGCCACAGAGAGACUAGACCGCGAGGAGAAGGCUUUUUACACGCUCCGAGCUCAGGCCCGGGAUCGACUCUCCAACGACCCUCUGGAACCAGAGUCCGAGUUUGUCAUCAAAGUCCAGGACAUAAACGACAGUGAGCCCAAGUUCUUGGAGGGACCAUAUAUCGGCAGUGUGGCGGAGCUGUCACCCAUCGGAACGUCUGUUAUGAAGGUGACUGCAUCAGAUGCCGAUGACCCUACGUACGGCAGCAGUGCCAGAGUGGUGUACAGCGUACUGGAUGGUGAAAGGUUUUUCACUGUUGAUAAACACACUGGAAUCAUCAUGACAGCAGUGGCAGAUUUGGACCGUGAGACACAGGAUCGUUAUGAGCUGGUCGUCAAGGCAACAGAUAUGGCAGGACAAAUGGGCGGUCUCUCCGGCUCCACCACGGUGACCAUAGUGAUCACAGAUGUUAAUGACAACCCGCCGCGCUUCCCACAGAAGAUGUACCAGUAUUCAGUAUCAGAGGGAGCAGCACUUGGGACACCAGUUGGACGCGUCAUUGCCACGGACGCAGACAUGGGAGAGAACACGGACAUGAGCUAUCUGAUCAAAGAGGGAGGGGAUCAUUUCAAGGUCACUACUGAUGUAGAGACACAGGAAGCCAUUGUUGUCAUCAAAAAGCCACUGGACUUUGAGAGCAAGCGCACGCACAAUGUCGUGGUGGAGGCAGUAAAUAAACAUGUCGAUCCUCGCUUCCUAAACCUGGACACCUUCAGAGACCAGACCAUUGUGCGAGUCAGCGUGUCAGACAUAGAUGAGCCGCCCAUCUUUCACCCGGCAGAGGGCGCCAUCAUGGAAGUACAGGAGGACACCAAAGUGGGGGCGCUGGUCGGGAUCGUCACUGCCAGAGAUCCAGAUGUGAAGAAUAAACCCGUUAGGUUCUCCAUUGAUCGAACCACAGACCAGGAGAUGAUCUUCCACAUUGAUCCUGAUUCAGGGGCGAUCACACUGAGCAAGACUUUGGAUCGCGAGACAGCGGGCUGGCACAAUAUCUCUGUGAAGGCUGUAGAAGCAGAUAACCAUACUAUGGCCUCGCACUCAGCAGUGAGUAUUCGGAUUUUGGAUGUUAAUGACAAUCCUCCUGAACUGGCCACACCGUACGAAGCCUCUAUAUGUGAAGAUGCCAAACCAGGCCAGCUAAUUCACACCAUCAGUGUGGUCGAUAGAGACGAACCACAAUCUGGACAUCGUUUCUACUUCACCCUGGCCCCCGAGGCGUCCAGCAAUCGACACUUCACCCUCUGGGAUGUUAAAGACAACACAGCUGGCAUCCGGACCCAGAGGUCAGGCUUUAACCGGCAUGAGCAAAAUGUGUAUUUCCUCCCCAUCUUGGUGGUCGACAGUGGGCCUCCCUCCCUCAGCUCCACAGGCACUCUGACCAUUCAUGUCUGUGGCUGUGACACAGAAGGAGCCAUCCAAUCCUGCAACGCCACAGCCUAUGUAAUGAGUGCUGCGCUCAGCCCUGGGGCACUUAUAGCACUGCUGGUCUGCAUGCUCAUCCUCAUUGUCCUCGUCUUGUUGAUCCUGACCCUGAAACGCCACAGGAAAGGCCAGAGGAUGGCAGAGGAUGAGGAGGACAUGAGGGACAACGUCAUCAAGUACAAUGACGAGGGCGGAGGGGAGCAGGAUACACAGGCGUACGACAUGAGCGCCCUGAGGAACCUCUAUGAUUUCCCAGAGGCCAAGAACUGUGAAUCCGGCGCGGACAUUCGCUCGCUGCCACAGUGGGUACAAGCAAGCAGAGUGGCUGGAGGUGCGGAGGGAGCUACGGCAGCGAUGGCGGACUUCUCCCUGUUUAAAGGCUAUAUCCGAAAGAAAGUGGAGCAGGCUGAUGCUGACCUGUCAGUCCCACCAUAUGACUCCUUUCAGACGUAUGCCUUUGAGGGCACCAGUUCACCGGCGCUCUCACUCAGCUCCAUCCACACGUUGUCCACCACAUCAGAGCAGGAUUUCUCCUACCUCAGCGACUGGGGACCACGUUUCAGGCAACUGGCAGGGUACUACGCUCCAGGAAACCCUGAGGAGGAAGGAUCCUAGCAUAGCUUCUCCCCUGCUGAGAGACAUAUGAACCCCCUCUCCGUCUUCUCAUUCUCUGCCUCCUCUUGUUACCCCCUGGCACUCUAUCGAGAUUAUCAGAGCCAGCACUGUGCACUCCUUAAAACAGAGCACAGCUUCUUUAUUUCUUUGAAAGAAAGUUACCAGUGUCAAAGUUUGAACUCAGAUUUGUUUUUUGAUGGAAAGCUAAUCACUCACCAAAACUGCCACUCGGGCACGCGUGAGGAGACCACCGUCUUUUAUUUCACCUCCCAUUAAAGAGAAUCCUUAUUUUAAGCUGUAAGACUGAUUUCAAGGUUUAGAGAGUUUAAAAAAAAAGAAGAAGAAAAAAGUCAAACAUGACAAACGUGUAUUU